AUGACCCUCACACGCAAACCGCUCCCCUACCUGGCGCGCCCUCACCUGGCGCGCCCUCACCUGGCGCGCCCCUUUCUCCCCCACCUGGCGCGCCCCUUUCUCCCCCACCUGGCGCGCCCCUUUCUCCCCCACCUGGCGCGCCCCUUUCUCCCCCACCUGGCGCGCCCCUUUCUCCCCCACCUGGCGCGCCCCUUUCUCCCCCACCUGGCGCUCCCUUUUCUCCCCCUCUUGGCGCUCCCUUUUCCACCUCCUCUGCUCCCACCGUUUCUCCCCCCCCUGGCGCCCUCCAUUCGCCCCGUCCUCCCCCCUCUCCAACCCAUGGGGCUAGAUUCCAUGUUGCUCGAGCCUCGCCACGUGGCAGAAGAAGAUUGGCCUUGGAUGUACCGGCUUGUGAAAGCCCAGAGAGUGAUGGCACACCUAGGCCGCCCAUGGCAGGUACACCUAAGGGAGGUGCACCCAAGUGACUCGUUUAGAGUAAGAGAUGGUACAGGACAGCAGCAGAAGGCUGAUCAUGUUACAUUGGGGGAGAGCACCAGCAUUAGCCCCACUGUGCUCCUUGCUCAUGAGUGUGGGAUUCGUGGUGGUGCUGCUGUUGGUGCUCGUGCUGGUGCUUCUGCUGUUGGCGCUUGUGCUGGUGCUUCUGCUGUUGGCGCUCGUGCUGGUGCUUCUGCUGUUGGCGCUCGUGCUGGUGCUUCUGCUGUUGGUGCUCGUGCUGGUGCUUCUGCUGUUGGUGCUCGUGCUGGUGCUUCUGCUGUUGGUGCUCGUGCUGGUGCUUCUGCUGUUGGUGCUCGUGCUGGUGCUUCUGCUGUUGGUGCUCGUGCUGGUGUUGCUGCGGCCACAACUCCGAGGGGUCAUAGGCGAGCCAAAUCAGCAGUGGCUUUUGGGAUGGUGGUAUUCUCCCCUGCCAACCGCCCUGCUGGGUCCGUUGUUGUGUCUAAGGCUUGCGGCGCUCUCACUCCCGGCCGUUCCCAAGGGAAGUCUGGCAGGACCUCAUUCCGGGCAGCUGAGAAAAGUUUUCUGCCGGAAUUUGAGACGACGGUGCUGGAUCUGAAGCUGGAUUUGAAGGCAGCAGGGGCUGCUGCUGCUGCUGGUGGUGCUGCUGCUGCUGGUGGUGGUGCUGCUGCUGCUCCUGCUCCUGCUGCUGGCGCUGGCUUUAAAGCCAGCUUCUUAUCAAGCAUGCUGUCUCCGAGGGGAAUCAUAGGCUCCUGGCGGCUCCCUAAAGUGGGGCUUUUAGGCGGGGAGAUUUGCUCGCUGCAGGAGCGGUACUUAGUUGAGCAGGAGAUUGGGAGCGGGUCGUAUGGGAUGAUCCGGGCUGUGAGGGAGAAAGAGACGGGCAAGACGUGGGCGUGCAAGAGCAUUGGGAAGGAUCAGAUUCAGAGCAAGGGAGAAGUGGCGGCAAUGAGGAGGGAAGUGAUGGUGAUGCGGCUACUCUCGGGGCAUCGGCAUGUGGUGCAGAUGAAAGAGACUGUGGAAGAUGACACGCACGUGCAUAUAAUCAUGGAGCUCUGCAAGGGAGGGGACCUCUUUGACCGCAUCAAGCAGCGCAGCCGCUAUGAGGAGAAACCUGCAGCUGCCGUGCUGCAGCAGCUGGCGCUGGUGCUGCGGGCGUGCCACUCCCUGGGGGUCAUGCACCGCGAUGUGAAGCCCGAGAACCUGCUGCUCUGCUCCCCCACUGAUGACGUUGCUGUUAAAGUUACCGACUUUGGGAUUGCUGCGCCGAUCAAAUCAGGCAUCAAGCUAACGGAGUUCAUAGGGUCCCACACGUACGUGGCACCAGAAGUGAUCAACAAAAGCUACAGUGCCGAGGCCGACGUCUGGUCGGCCGGAGUCGUCUUAUACGUCCUUCUGGCCGGCGUGCCACCCUUCUGGGCCUCCACAGAAUCCGGAGCGCUGGAUGCAAUCGUAUCCAAGCCCCUCAACUUCUCCUUCCCUCCAUGGCCGUCCAUUUCAAAGGAGGCCAAGGAUCUCAUAAAAGAGAUGCUUAAGAAAGAACCGGCGGAACGAAUCACACUGGAAGCUGUGCUUGAGCAUCCAUGGAUCAAGGCGCACACUACACAAAUGUAG